AUGGCGUCUCUCAAGCUAUCUCGCGCGAACCCAUUGGCUUUUACCCCAUGGCCUGUCACUGUGAUCACAUCCCUCGUUUAUCUCGCCUUGGUGAUUCCCUUACUCGUCGUCCACCAUGUUGUACCUCCGCCCCCUUCGUCGAAUCCGCGCGGCCUGGAUAUCGCCGAAGCCUGGGCUGAUCUCCAAGACCUGACUCGUGGUUUCCGGCCCUACAACUCCCAUCAGAACGACAUUGUCCACGAGUGGCUGCGGAACCGCAUCAAGGGCAUCUUGGAAGCCACGCCGUCAGAAGCGGCAUAUCGCGCUCUCGACGAAGAAAAACCCGACGUGUUCGUGUUCGAUGACCAGACAUCGAACCUGACUUUUACAGGCAACACGAUCAGUGAUGCGAACAUUGGCGUCUACUUCGAGGGAAUCAACAUCCUCGUGUACAUCCGCGGGUCGGAGGACGACCAAGACAAGUGGUGGGAGACGCCGCACGGAGCGCCGUCGGGGCGCGGCGGCGUGCUCGUGAACGCGCACUACGACAGCGUGUCGACGGGACUCGGCGCGACCGACGACGGCGUGGGCGUCGUGACGUGCCUCCAGCUGAUCAAAUAUUUCACCACCCCGGGCCAUGCGCCCCGCCGCGGCUUGGUCGUGCUGUUCAACAAUGGCGAGGAGGACUUCCUCAACGGCGCUCGUGUCUACAGCCAACACCCGAUCUCCAAGCUGCCGCACACGUUCCUGAACCUGGAGGGCGCCGGCGCCGGCGGCCGCGCGACGCUGUUCCGCAGCUCCGAUACCGAAGUUACGCGCGCGUAUAUGAAAUCGCAGCACCCGUUUGGGUCGGUGCUGAGCGCGAACGGGUUCGAGACAGGCUUGAUCCGCAGCCAGACGGACUAUGUUGUCUUCCAGGGGGAUAUGGGCUUGCGCGGGCUUGACGUCGCGUUCAUGGAGCCCCGUGCCCGGUACCAUACCGAUCAGGACGACACCCGGCAUACGAGCAAGGCGUCGCUGUGGCAUAUGCUGUCGGCAGCGGUGGCGACUACAUCCGGGCUGGUGUCGGACUCGAGUGAUCGGUUCGAUGGGCCGGCGAAGAAUGAGGGCCAGAUUGCCAGUGGUACGGGUACGGAAGCUGUCUGGUUCGACUUGUUUGGGAGCACGUUUGUGGUGUUCCAACUGCAUACGCUGUUUGCGUUGUCGGUGACGCUGCUUAUUGUGGCUCCGCUGGUUCUGCUUAUUACGAGCGUUGCGCUCAGCAGGGCUGACAAGAUGUAUCUGUUUCGAUCGUCUGCAAAGACCGAGGACGGCAUGGUGGUUUCGCUGCGCGGGACGCGCGGGUUCUUCCGGUUUCCGUUCCUCUUUGCGGUCCCGACGGUGAUCACGGUCGCGCUGGCUUAUCUGGUGACAAAGGUCAAUCCUUACAUCAUCCAUAGCAGUGAGUACGCCGUGUGGAGCAUGAUGCUGUCGGUGUGGGUUUUCCUGGCGUGGUUCGUCGCGCGUGUGGCGGACUUUGCACGGCCGUCGGCCUUCCACCGGGUAUACACGUUGACGUGGAUGUUCGUGCUCACUUGGGUUCUCCUGGUUGUUGCGACCGUCUAUGGGAACCGGUGGGGUCUCUCCGGAGGCUACUUUGCAUUCUUCGUCUUUGCCGGCACGUUUGUGGCUACGUGGAUCGCUUACCUGGAGCUCUUCUCCCUGCCGCGGAAGUCGGACUAUGCCGGUCAAUUGACGGGGACUUCGCGACGGGGCAGUGCCUACGACAGCCGACAGGGAGUCGGAUCUGGAGGGGAUGGGGAGGAGGAGGAAGACGAAGAGCCGACAGAGUCGACGUCCCUGCUGGGCAGUGGGCAGCGGACAACGUUUGCAAACUAUGUGCGGGUGGGCGGAGACGCAGAGCACCAUGCCAGCGGGGAAACGGAAGAGUCCGACCCUAAUGUCUACGGUCGUGAACAGCGGUGGAGUGCCCACAUGCCCCGAUGGACGUGGCUCCUGCAGCUCAUUCUGGUUGUGCCGCUGGUGCUGAUCUUCAUCGGGCCGAUUGCACUCCUGUUGACGAGUGCCAUCCACCAGACGGGGCAGGACGGAGGAUCCUCCCUGUUUAUCUACAUUGCCAUUGCUGCUCUCACAACGCUUCUUCUGACGCCUCUGCUACCGUUCGUGCACCGCUACACCUACCACAUCCCGAUGUUCCUCCUUGCCGUCUUUGUCGGCACACUGAUCUACAACCUGUCAGCCUUCCCAUUCUCCGCCAACAACCGUCUGAAGUUGUUCUUUAUACAGCAGGUGGAUCUCGACGCCGGGACGAACCGCGCGUCGCUGACGGGCGUGGCCCCGUUCGUGGAGGAUGUGGCGCAGGGCCUUCCCAGCGUCGCCGGCCAGAACGUCACCUGCGAUUGGCUACGCGACCGCCUCCAGUGCUCUUGGGACGGGCUGACUCCACAGGUGGUUGACGAGACGAAACUGGCGGACUGGGUGUCCUUCACGGCGUCGAGGAGCGCCGAGAAGCGCACCCCGGCCGCGCGGUUCCGCGUCUCGGGCAAGGACACACGGGCCUGCAAGUUGGUGUUUGACACACCAGUCUCCAAGUUCGAGGUGGCGGACUCGGCCUACGACGCGCGGUUCCCGCUUGAAUCGCCGAACGGGACGCGAGAGAUCCGGCUCUGGAGUCGGGAGUGGGCGCAUACAUGGACGGUGGAUGUAGAGUGGCCGAUGGACACGGCGGACACGGAGUUGACGGGACGAGCGGUGUGCCUGUGGAGUGACCACAACCAGCCGGGGCUGAUACCGGCGCUGGAUGAGGUACUGGCGUAUGCGCCCGUGUGGGUGGGGGUGACGUACCUUUAUUGCCCGACGCACGUGUGGAGGGGGCCGUCACGUCACACGUGGAUCCGUAAGGGGUUGGAUCGGACUCGCGUGGACUCAUUCCUUGGUAGUGACCUCCGAACUCUGUUGAAGUUGGAGUAUCAGAAUGCUCCGAUGUUUGUCGGGUUGAGACCUCUGUGGUACGACGGUCUGUGGAUCUCGGGGAAUUCAGGAAUCCCCCGUGUGUUGGUGGUGACUAGUUUAGGUAGUCGGUCGGUUGGCGUGCCGUGGCGUAUUAAGAUGACUUCCCCCGGAUCUCACUCUCACUCUCACCUCAUCUUCCUUCUCUCUCUUCCUCUCCUCUCCUCUCCUCUCCUCCCCUCUCCCUCUCCCUCUCUCACCUCUCCUCCACCAUGCCUGAUCAUGGCCAGUAGUCGUUCCCCCGGUAAUGGCAUCACCGGCGGAUACACCGGCGACAGCAUCGUCGUCCGCAUCGCCAUCGCGACCCUCGCCGGCAUCACCUGGUACAAUGCCAUCGAGCUGAUCAUCCUCGUCUUUGUCACCUUUGCCCGAUAUCGCGGCGUCUACUUCUGGAGUCUGCUCAUCUCCUCCUCCCUCGGUCUGAUCCCCUAUGCCAUUGGCUUCCUGCUCAAGUUCUACCGUCUCGCCGACGCCUGGCUCUCCGUCACCUGCAUCACCGUCGGCUGGUAUUGCAUGGUCACCGGCCAGUCCGUCGUCCUCUACUCGCGCCUGCACCUCGUCCUCCCCAACCAUCGCGUCCUGCGCCGCGUGCUGGCCAUGAUCAUCGUCAACGCCGUCAUCCUGCACAUCCCCACCACCGUGCUCACCUAUGGCUCCAACCUGUCCAGCGGCCGUUGGGCCUACAUCGACGGCUACAACGUCAUGGAGAAGAUCCAGAUGACCGGCUUCUGCAUCCAGGAGUUUAUCCUCUCCGCCCUGUACAUCAUGGAGACCGUCCGCAUGCUGCGCCUCGACCCGGACCCCGCCAAGCGCAAGAUCAUGUACCAGCUCGUCGCCAUCAACCUCAUCAUCAUCUUCAUGGACCUCGGCCUGCUCGUAGUCGAGUACAAGAAUCUCUACAUCAUGGAAACCAUGAUCAAGGGCGUCGUCUACUCCGUCAAGCUCAAGCUAGAGUUCGCCGUCCUCGGGAAGCUCGUCCACCUCGUCCGCCAUCAUGUCUGGAAAACCGAGUCGGCUACCCACCCCGGCACCGCCCCUGGAGAGUUUCCCGACUUCGUCGACGCCACCCGCGUCACCUCCGAUCUCACACACGCUGCGACCGCCCCCGCGCCGCGCCGCCGCGAUCACCCCUACAUGGACUCCGAUGAUGUCGACAUCGCCAUGUUCGAACAUUCCAGCCAUCGCGAGGCCGGCACCUCCGAAGUCUCGCACUCAUGGAGCGGCGACACCCAGACCUGCAACCUGCGCGAUUCAGAUUCGUGGCCCCGCAAACCGAGCAGUCUUUACCUUAAGACGUCGGAUCCAGGAUAA